AUGCUCGCCGCCCAUAACAUCCUUUCCCCAAGAUCACUGCGAGGCUCCAACGAAAGGGAGAGGAGGCGCGGCAAGGAGAUGAAGGCGCAAGCGAGGGACAUUGCCGAAGCAGCAGAUGGCUGCCAAGCGACACACACCGAGGAGAAGUCUAUGGCUGAAAGGGUAGCCAAACCAGAAGGGCAUCCGGCUACGGCAAAAGCUGCUGCUGCUCGGCCUGAUCGCCAUGCGACUUCUCACCAUAACAAGGUGACCGAGAGAGCAAGGAAAUCCUUCGAAGCACAGGCUGAAGCGCGGAACAGCAUACGUACAUCGGGCUCGAGAGCAGAAGCAGAGUCAACCGAGACCAGCAGGAGGAGGCAUCAGGCUGUGAGUGCGAACAAGGAGGAGACUCGCGUCUUUUCUGCGCAUGCGGCAGCAGUCUGCGAGGCGAAGUAUGCUUUUGGUAAGAGAUGGGAGACGAGCGAAGAACGUCGUUCGAAAUCCAAAGUGGGCGGUCAUGGUCCUGCCCGAGAUAACAAGGACAAAGGAGAACUGCUGCACCAAGGACGGGAAGGGAUGAAGCCCAGCCUACCAGGACUUGGACAGCUCGCAUUCUUGCGUGAAACAAUGCUCAAAUCUACUUUCUUGGGACAGACCGGUAGCGGAAGCAACGGAAUCCUUCUCGCAGGCUGCAAUGCUGCAAAGCGCCUUCAUGACAUACUUGUCGUCAUCGUAAAAGCAAAUCUCAUACUCGAGAUGAGGCUUGCCUUCGGACGUUCCAGGACUGACAAGUCAGCGAUGGAAAGGCUCGCUGGCAUAGCAAGGAUCAUACCGUUUCAUGGACACUUCCCGCCCUGGACUAAUAUACUGGCCGUCAUGGAGCAGCCCUCCUGCCAUCACGACCACACAUAUGCAAUCAAUGGCUUGGAAAGCGGAUUCACCUCUGACAGAACCUGCAUCAAAUUCCGCCAAUACAGUCCUGCCUCCAAUUUCGCCGCCGACGAAGCCUGGCUCAAUGUAACCCACGCCAUCGCAGCAUCACCAUCUCCUCCUAUCAUCGGAAACUCCUCUCCUUCCCCCAGUGCCGGCUCCGAUGCCCAAGCCUUUCCGACAAUACUUUCCUCGAGCCAUAUCUUAAAGCAGUCAGCGAAUAGAGGAGCAUCUCCAGAUGAAGAAGUCGUACAAUUUUCUUCCCGAGAAGUCCAUCAAGAGAUUGUCGUUUCUAUUAUCCGAGCAGAGAUUCUGAAUCACGGACAUUGUGAUACGCAUUGCGAAGUGACAUUUCCAUCUUCGGCUUUCGCCGCACUUGACUUGCGGAGCAUUUCGAGUAACUCGAGGCAUGGAGCAAGAAUAUUUUCAGUGUUGAUCAAGAUGGUCCCAGGCUCCCGCAUUUCGCGCAGACCUGAUGCUGUAUGCCAGCGUCUCAACAAAGCUGUGUCGAGUGAUCAUAAGCGAGGCGAUCUUGUUCGUCAGGUGGUGGUACCUUCUCCAGGAAUCGGCGAGAAUUUGAUGACGGGUGUCGCAUUUUUGGGGUUCGUUCGAGUGAGGAACAGCGACGAAAUCGCGGAAGAGAAUGAUGAGUUGAUGAACAGGCCCGCCGAUCAUCGGUUUUUGUCGCAGUCACGAAGGCACGAGAAACAGCUUGCGACACACAGCCUCUACUGUCUCAGUACAGUAACAAAGCAAGUCAGACUACCAGCGAGGCCAGCAACACCGAUUCACAUUCCAAACAUGCAAAAGAAGAUCAUCUCCAAUCAAUGCAUGACCGAUGACAUUCUCUCUCAUGGAAUGCAGAAGAAUGAGGAGCUUACUAUUACUCCAUCGCCAAAUUUACCUCAUCAUAAGAAACGCUCUAUGUCUUGUAUCGAACAGCUCGUGCUGCACCACGCUUCACCAGUGAACAACCUCAAUAGCCAGCAGCGUUUCCUGUCGAUACUGAUUGCGUUGAAGAUUCACCUACACACUCCCGCAACCAUAGCUUUGAAUCGGGACAUUGAGAUGAGCUGCGUCAGCGACACGCGGCGGAGUUCUGCACCAUCCUUGGAAUCCGAUGCUGGUGGUUUUCAUAACCGAGAGAUCGCGGACCGCAAGAAUCAGCUUCAUCGCGACCAGCGUAGGCGCCAGCGCCAGGAAGAAGAAGCUGUGAAAAAUGCUGCUGAGUCCCGCUGCUCCCGCUCUCGCCAGACACCCACCAUUACUCGACGCGAGCAUCCUGCCCAAGAAGAGAGUAGGGACGAGGAUAAAGAAGAAUCCGAUGAGGAUCACUUGGAGCCAGAAGUCCGAGAGCAAGUCGAUCAGAUGAGCGAUGACCAUGCCAUGAAAUCAAGCAAGAAGGCCAUAGCGAGCUUGGCCCUGCUUACAACCCACGACAUGACUAUGCCUGAGAGGAAGAAGAGAGCCUCAUCGGCGGAGCUCGCGUACUUCUCCUAUUUCUUCUCGUGCCCCUUCGCCCAGACUAUGUCUUGUCGUUCCAAAGGCGAAGCAGCGACACGAUGUCCCAGGCCACAUCAGCCGUCUAUUACGAACACUGCAAGGCGCCGCGACGAUGGACCAGCGAGUGUCGCUCCUAUGCUUCAAGAACAAGGCCUAAAAUAUCGCGCUCACGGCACGCUCUCGUCGAGCAGGAGGCAAAGGGCGCCGCGGAUCCCAAAAGUCGUCCCGCUCUCUCGUCAGACCCCCAGGGAUGGGGCCAGAAGUCACGAAUGGAUCUGGGGAAGCCACGCGCCGUCUCCGCGUGUCACGUCUACGAAUUUCAACUCUUUACCCUUCUUACGGCUCGGCAAGCAACUCAAGCGCACUUUCGACCAACAGGAAACUGCACGAGACAUCGGAAUAACGAUACCAUACCCACGACCGAGCACCAUCGAGCACAUUAGAAAUUCGCGGACCGCUUCACAAUCCAAAGGUAUUCCUGCUGAUGAUGCUAUUCUGUCUGCUGCAAGGAACCGAAGAAGACCAUGCAUCGGAAGAAGAGAAAGACACGAGCGACCCAACAUCAGAAGUGUGGGAUGGCAUGUUGGUGAUUUUGGUACCCACGAGUACGGCAUCCGCUGCAAGCAGAUUCUGAACAAGGGACUGCCUGCUGAAGCGGAGGGACUCAUUGGCAGGAAGUUCAUCGAUGAGUACGACCCAGAGCAUAUUGCCGAUCCUGCAGAAGGCGAUACACCGAAGCUCGUAGCAAUGGACCAAUUGAUCAAGACUCUCGAUCCAGCCAGUACCUUCUUUUGCUCAAUCUCGUUCCCACUCAAAGCUUCAGCCAAGGCUGCCACGAAAGCUGCUGCUGAUAGAGACGAUUCUGGAGACGAAGACGCCUAG